AUGGGGCUCUCAAAUUUUCCUAGUGCAGCAGAGGGUGUGCUUCCAGUGCUGGUUAUGAACACAGUUUUGUCAGUGGCUCUGUUAAAGAACAUGGUAAGAUCUGUGCUCCAAGUGAUGGGUGCCAAUGUGAAUUCUCAGAGUUUUGAGGAAAACCCAGAUGGGUGCCCAGCAGAGAUGAUUGCAAGAGAGAGAAGAAUCUCCAUUUCCCAGUUCAAGUCUCUGUGCCACAGCAACAGAAACAGCAGGCCCAACAAUACUUGUGUGGCCAAAACAGACAGUUGGGCAAUGGAGUGUUGUGUUUGUCUGUGUGGUUUUGAAGCUGAGCAAGAGGUGAGUGAAUUGUCCUGCAAGCAUUUCUUCCACAAAGGUUGCUUGGAGAAGUGGUUUGACAACAACCAUUCUACUUGCCCUCUCUGCCGCUCUGUUGAUUAG